AGCUUGGUAAUGCGGCUCGUACUGCUAACAAUUUUCUCGACCGCCUAUGCAGGACAAAUUUUGCAAGAAGAAGAUACAACCACGCCGGAGAUACCCCAUGAGCUAGACCACAAUGUCCAACUCUAUGUGGGCCAAACUGCCCAUCCUGCGAUUGUGAUGCCACGAAUAAUUUUAAGUCCGAAAAUAACAUAUUAUUUCGGGAAUGAAGGUGACGAGCUCCCUGCGAGGGCAAUACGCCAUGAAGAAUCAGAUACCUCAGAACUGUCUAAGCCCAUGUAUAGACCCAAAAAAAUAUUGCAUCCUACAAGGAGAAGGACUGGUGUGCAAAAUUCAGAUAGAACGUCAGGCAGACAAAGACUACGAAAGGAAAAUCGAGCUAACAAAUUGAGAAGUCCUAUUAGAUCUAGGUCACAAAGUCGCAGCAGUGCAUCUGGCGAAAUUACUCCUAAACCCGAUGCAACCAGCACUAACACUCCAAAAUACGAUGUUUGGUUGGCAUUCAGAAGAAGGAAGUAUAUGGUGAAAAGAAAUGCAAAGUCUUUUGACGAUGCGGAAGCAUCAUGCCAAAAACUUGGCGCUCAUUUGGUUUCUAUACACAGCGAAGCAGAGAACAACUUUAUUCACAAAAUCACCUCCGACGGCUCACCUAUCAAAAACUUCAACGAAUUUGUUUUUAUCGGUCUUCGUCUAAACUCGAAAAACGAGUGGGAAUGGACAGAUGGCACAUACCUUAAUUACAAGAAAUGGGCUGUAAACCAGCCAGAUCAUCUUGAACAUGAGAAAUGCGGGCAGUUCCAUCAAGGCCCAGCAAGACUAAGAUUUGUUCAAGACUAUCACUGGAACAGCAUCGAUUGUGGAUGGCACAUGAAAUAUUAUGUUUGCAAAAAGAGAAAUUGA